AUGAUGCGUGCGAUUUGGCGCGCUGUUCAGCGACAGGAGUCCGGCAGCCACGGUACAUCUCCACAGCACUUAAGACAACAACGUGGAUUCACCUAUGUGAACAGUCAAGACGUCAAGGGCUUGACCGUCAUUGACCACCACUAUGACGCCCUAGUAGUAGGAGCAGGAGGCGCAGGUCUCCGCGCCGCCGUAGGCCUUACAGAAGCCGGACUGAAGACAGCGUGCGUGUCGAAGCUCUUCCCCACACGAUCUCACACCGUCGCCGCUCAAGGAGGCAUCAACGCCGCGCUCGGAAACAUGACGGAAGACGACUGGCGUUGGCACAUGUACGACACAGUCAAGGGCUCCGACUGGCUAGGCGAUCAAGACGCCAUACACUACAUGACAAAGGAAGCCAUUCCUGCGGUCGUCGAGCUCGAGAACUAUGGUAUGCCGUUUUCGAGAACAAAUGAGGGGAAAAUAUACCAGAGAGCGCUCGGUGGGCAAAGCCUGAAGUAUGGUAAGGGUGGGCAGGCGUACAGGACAGCUUGCGCAAGUGAUCGGACCGGACAUGCUAUGUUACACACACUCUAUGGACAAAGUCUAAAGGCUGGCGUGCAGUUUUUUAUCGAGUGGUUUGCUUUGGAUCUCAUGAUGAGUGAAGGGCAGUGUGUUGGCAUUACUGCGCUGAACAUGGAGGAUGGUACUUGUCAUCGCAUGUUCGCUAAAAACACCGUUCUGGCUACAGGAGGCUACGGGAGAGCAUACUUCAGUGCAACAAGCGCCCAUACAAGCACAGGUGAUGGGAGCGCUAUGGCUUCAAGGGCAGGGCUUCCACUGCAGGAUAUGGAGUUUGUCCAGUUCCACCCUUCUGGUAUCUACGGUGCAGGUGUUCUCAUCACAGAAGGUGCACGCGGUGAAGGUGGAUACCUCCUGAAUUCCGAAGGCGAACGAUUCAUGGAACGCUAUGCACCAACAGCCAAGGACCUUGCUUCUCGAGACGUUGUAUCACGGUCCAUGAAUCUCGAAAUCAUCGAAGGCCGGGGAUGCGGUGAAGGCAAAGACUUUAUCAAUCUGCAACUCUCACAUUUGCCGAAAGAGAUUAUCCACGAGCGAUUACCAGGCAUUGCUGAAACAGCUGCAAUCUUUGCUGGUAUCGACAUCACAAGAGAACCUAUCCCAGUUCUACCGACUGUACACUACUGCAUGGGUGGUAUACCAACUAACUAUCACGGUCAGGUCAUAGAUGUCAAGGAAGGAAAGGAUCAUGUUGUUGAUGGCCUGUACGCUGCAGGCGAGGCGGCUUGUGUUAGCGUACAUGGUGCAAACCGACUCGGCGCAAACUCCUUGCUCGACAUAGUAGUAUUCGGCCGAGCAACAGCCCUGCACAUAGCCGACAACCAUGCCCCUGGCGCAUCUCAUAGUCCAUCUGAGAAGAACAUUGGCCUCGACUCCAUCAGUGAUAUAACGAUCUUCCUCGACUCUGCCGGCUCAGCACCAACCUCCUCUCUCCGCUCAGACAUGCAGUCCACCAUGCAAAAGACCACAGCCGUAUUCCGCACUCAGGAUUCCCUUGCCGAAGGCAACUCGCAUCUCUCCGCCAUCGAAUCCUCCUUCAAGCGCGAUCUCCGUGUCACCGACAAGAGCCUGAUUUGGAACAGCGACCUCGUCGAGACGCUUGAACUAAGGAACCUCUUGACGAACGCGGCUCAGACGAGCAAGGCAGCGUUGACACGGACAGAAAGUAGAGGUGCGCAUGCGAGAGACGAUUUCAAGGAGAGGGACGACAAGGAUUGGAUGGUGCACAGUCUGACAUGGCAGAAAGGCGUUGGAGAAGAGGUCCGGUGGGGAACAAGAGGGGUUACGAUGGCGACGCUUGAUGAAGCGGAGUGUAAGAGCGUGCCGCCUAUGAGGCGGAGUUAUUAG